AGAGAGAGAGAGAGAGUGAUCAAUAUGGGAGGAGAUGAGGAGUGGAGGAAAACGGCAGUCACCCACAAAAUGAAACCGGAAGACGUAAAAGCAGCGGGAUUAGAGGGCUCCAAGAGGCCCCCUGGCCAACACCCUGGGGAAGUACUGCACCAGAGGAGCAGGCUGCCCUUCAGCUAUAAGACCAUGGCCAUCGGAGGCCUCCUUAUUACUGCCUCCGUUGCUUACUUCACGUUGUACCUCAAGAAAAAGCCCGAAGCUUCCGCCCGAGAUGUUGCCAAGGUGACUAUUGGAGCCGCCGAACCCGAGGACACUCGGCCAAGGAAGUAGUACUUUGUGGCUCCUCGAUCGUAUUUAAACAAACGUUAAUUAUCAAAUCAUGUUUAUGAUCAGUUGCCCGAGAUGCGGUUUUGCUUGUAAAUGUUUGUUUUGUUGGACUUUGUUUUUGCAAUGUUUUCUUGGGUAUGGGGAAUAUGAUCAAUGCUCUUGAUAUGAUCAGGUUAAUAUAAACGUUCAAAUGUUUUAUCA